GUUGUAUGUAAAUGGUUGUAAAAGUGAUAAAAACGUCCAACUAGCCUCGUAACUGUUCACAACUAAAAGUUGGGUUACGGAGAAAAACGUUUUCUUAAUUUGCGCCAUAAUAACGUAGCACGACUUAAAGCAAUCUUAAUAUUAUCGUUUUGUCUAUCUGUGGUUAUAAUAAGUUGCAUUUAAUGUAUUAUCGAGUUGGUGCAACGAUUAUGUUUGAUUUCGUAUAAAGUCGAUAAAUAUACUUGAAAAAUGUCGAUUCCACCAUACUUAUUGGGUCCAAAUCCAUGGGCAACCAUGAUGGCCCAACAACAGGCCCAUGCUCAGUUAGCCGCAGCUCAGGCUCAUGCUCAAGCAGCUGUACACGCGCAAGCUGCGCAUCAUGCUCACAUGCAAGCCAUAGCAGGACCGCCGUUACCACAAAUGCCGAAGCAACCUGAAGUUUUAUCAGAAGACAAGUUACAAGAAAAAGCUCAAAAGUGGCAACAACUUCAAUCAAAAAGAUUUGCAGAAAAAAGAAAAUUUGGGUUUGUGGAUGCACAAAAAGAAGAUAUGCCACCGGAACAUAUAAGAAAAAUUAUUAGAGAUCACGGAGAUAUGAGUAGCAGGAAAUAUAGACACGAUAAACGUGUUUAUUUAGGAGCAUUAAAAUAUAUGCCUCAUGCUGUUAUGAAGCUUUUAGAAAAUAUGCCUAUGCCUUGGGAACAAAUUCGAGAUGUAAAAGUUCUGUAUCAUAUCACAGGUGCAAUUACGUUUGUAAAUGAAAUUCCAUGGGUUAUAGAACCUGUGUAUAUCGCUCAGUGGGGUACAAUGUGGAUUAUGAUGCGACGUGAGAAAAGGGAUCGUAGACAUUUCAAAAGAAUGAGAUUUCCGCCAUUCGAUGACGAGGAACCUCCGCUAGAUUAUGCGGACAAUGUUUUGGAUGUAGAACCAUUAGAGGCCAUUCAAAUCGAACUUGAUUCGGAAGAAGAUGAAUCUGUGGCAUCAUGGUUUUAUGAACACAAACCACUCGUUGGUACUAAGCAUGUAAACGGAUCGACUUAUCGAAGAUGGAAUUUGACUUUACCACAGAUGGCAACUUUAUAUCGCUUGGCGAAUCAAUUGUUAACUGACCUAGUAGAUCAAAACUUUUUCUAUCUUUUUGAUCCAAAAUCAUUUUUCACCGCAAAGGCGUUAAAUAUGGCUAUACCGGGUGGUCCAAAGUUCGAACCACUGGUGAAAGAUUCAAAUGCAGCUGACGAAGAUUGGAACGAGUUUAACGACAUAAAUAAAAUUAUCAUUCGACAGCCUAUAAGGACAGAAUAUCGCAUCGCAUUUCCUUAUUUGUACAAUAAUAUGCCGCAUUUUGUGCAUUUAUCGUGGUACCAUGCACCAAACGUUGUUUACAUAAAAACGGAAGAUCCUGAUUUACCUGCUUUUUAUUUCGAUCCAUUGAUCAAUCCUAUUUCUCAUAGAAAUUCGUUGAAGACCGUGGAACCACAAAUCGAAGACGACGAAGAUUUUGUACUGUCAGAGGAAGUACAACCAUUCCUUCAGGAAACUCCUUUAUAUACAGACAAUACCGCGAACGGAAUUGCUUUAUUAUGGGCACCUAGACCAUUUAAUACUCGUUCCGGUAGAACGAGAAGAGCUAUCGACAUUCCGUUAGUGAAAUCGUGGUACAGAGAGCAUUGCCCACCCGGCCAACCUGUUAAAGUUCGCGUCAGUUACCAAAAGUUGUUGAAAUACUUUGUAUUGAAUGCCUUGAAGCAUAGACCUCCGAAACCACAGAAGAAACGUUAUUUAUUCCGAUCGUUCAAAUCAACGAAAUUUUUCCAAACCACUACGAUAGAUUGGGUCGAAGCUGGUUUACAAGUAUGCCGACAAGGAUAUAAUAUGUUGAAUUUACUGAUUCAUAGAAAAAAUUUAAACUACCUUCAUUUAGAUUACAAUUUCAACUUGAAGCCGGUUAAAACGUUGACAACAAAAGAGAGAAAAAAAUCUAGAUUCGGAAAUGCUUUCCAUUUGUGUCGCGAGAUUCUUCGUUUGACAAAACUGAUUAUCGACUCUCACGUUCAGUAUCGUUUAAAUAACGUUGAUGCGUUUCAACUCGCGGAUGGAUUACAGUACAUUUUUGCUCAUGUUGGCCAGUUGACUGGAAUGUAUCGAUAUAAGUAUAAACUGAUGAGACAGAUUAGAAUGUGCAAAGAUUUGAAACAUUUGAUAUAUUAUCGUUUCAAUACGGGUCCUGUCGGAAAAGGUCCUGGAUGCGGAUUUUGGGCACCUGGUUGGAGAGUAUGGCUCUUCUUCAUGAGAGGAAUUACACCGUUGUUAGAAAGAUGGUUAGGGAACUUGCUGUCUAGGCAAUUCGAGGGUCGUCAUUCAAAGGGUGUUGCUAAAACUGUAACGAAGCAACGAGUAGAAUCACAUUUUGAUCUUGAAUUGAGAGCAUCGGUAAUGCACGAUAUCGUGGAUAUGAUGCCAGAAGGAAUCAAGCAAAAUAAAGCGCGAACAAUACUUCAGCACCUUAGCGAAGCAUGGAGGUGUUGGAAAGCGAAUAUCCCUUGGAAAGUUCCUGGAUUACCGAUACCGAUCGAAAAUAUGAUCCUUCGUUACGUUAAAAUGAAAGCAGAUUGGUGGACUAAUACCGCGCAUUACAAUCGCGAACGUAUUAGACGCGGAGCAACUGUGGAUAAAACUGUCUGUAAGAAGAAUCUUGGACGUCUGACGCGACUUUAUCUUAAAGCUGAACAAGAACGACAACACAAUUAUUUGAAGGAUGGUCCGUAUAUUUCUCCGGAGGAAGCUGUAGCUAUAUAUACCACGACCGUACAUUGGUUAGAAUCGAGAAGAUUUGCUCCUAUACCUUUUCCACCAUUAUCUUACAAACACGAUACCAAACUGUUGAUAUUAGCUUUGGAACGAUUGAAGGAAGCAUACAGCGUCAAGUCAAGAUUGAAUCAAAGCCAACGCGAAGAACUUGGUUUGAUAGAACAAGCAUACGAUAAUCCGCACGAAGCUCUGUCUAGAAUUAAACGACAUCUUUUGACGCAAAGAGCGUUCAAAGAGGUUGGAAUAGAAUUCAUGGACCUUUACAGCCAUUUGAUUCCCGUUUACGACGUCGAACCGCUCGAGAAGAUCACAGAUGCUUAUCUGGACCAGUAUUUGUGGUACGAAGCGGAUAAACGAAGAUUGUUCCCACCGUGGGUGAAGCCGUCGGAUACGGAACCACCUCCGUUAUUGGUGUAUAAAUGGUGUCAGGGUAUCAAUAAUUUGCAAGACGUUUGGGACGUUAGCGAGGGUGAAUGUAACGUCUUGUUGGAAUCAAAGUUUGAGAAACUUUAUGAAAAAAUUGAUCUUACGUUGUUAAACAGGCUCCUUCGAUUGAUCGUUGAUCACAACAUAGCCGAUUAUAUGACUGCAAAGAACAACGUUGUCAUAAAUUACAAGGACAUGAACCAUACAAACAGUUACGGAAUAAUUCGAGGAUUACAGUUUGCUUCGUUUAUAGCGCAGUACUACGGAUUGGUAUUAGACCUGCUGGUUCUUGGAUUACAAAGGGCCAGCGAAAUGGCCGGCCCUCCUCAAAUGCCAAAUGAUUUUUUGACCUUUCAAGACGUAGCUUCGGAAACGGCCCAUCCGAUCAGAUUAUAUUGCAGAUACGUGGACAGGAUACAUUUGUUUUUGAGAUUUUCCGCGGACGAAGCGAGGGAUCUGAUCCAGAGAUAUCUUACCGAGCAUCCAGAUCCUAACAACGAAAACAUCGUUGGUUACAAUAAUAAAAAAUGUUGGCCCCGAGACGCGCGAAUGCGAUUGAUGAAGCACGACGUUAAUUUAGGCCGUGCCGUGUUUUGGGACAUUAAGAACCGUUUGCCUCGUUCCACGACCACGAUACAAUGGGAGAAUAGUUUCGUUAGCGUCUACAGUAAAGACAAUCCAAAUUUGUUAUUCAACAUGAGCGGAUUCGAGUGUAGGAUCUUACCAAAAUGUAGAACGACCCACGAAGAGUUUACGCAUAGAGACGGUGUGUGGAACUUGCAAAAUGAAAUCACAAAAGAGAGAACGGCUCAAUGUUUCUUAAGGGUCGACGACGAAAGUCUCCAACGAUUUCACAACAGAGUUAGACAAAUUCUGAUGGCCUCCGGUUCGACAACCUUCACAAAGAUCGUUAACAAAUGGAACACGGCAUUGAUCGGAUUGAUGACUUAUUUCCGCGAGGCUGUGGUAAACACCCAAGAACUUUUAGAUCUGUUGGUCAAGUGUGAAAAUAAAAUCCAAACGCGUAUCAAGAUCGGGCUCAACUCGAAAAUGCCCUCCCGUUUUCCACCGGUAGUGUUUUAUACGCCGAAAGAACUCGGCGGACUUGGUAUGCUUUCAAUGGGGCACGUACUUAUACCUCAGUCCGAUUUACGAUGGUCGAAACAAACGGACGUCGGGAUCACGCAUUUCCGUUCGGGUAUGAGCCACGACGAGGAUCAACUAAUUCCGAAUUUGUAUCGAUACAUUCAACCGUGGGAGUCCGAGUUUAUAGAUUCGCAACGAGUAUGGGCGGAAUACGCGUUAAAGCGUCAAGAAGCGAAUGCACAAAAUCGUAGACUGACCUUGGAAGAUUUGGAAGAUAGUUGGGAUCGUGGUAUUCCUCGAAUAAAUACGUUGUUCCAAAAAGACAGACAUACUCUCGCAUAUGACAAAGGUUGGAGGAUACGUACAGAAUUUAAACAGUAUCAAGUGUUGAAACAAAAUCCAUUCUGGUGGACUCAUCAACGACACGACGGUAAACUCUGGAACCUGAAUAAUUACAGAACGGAUAUGAUACAAGCUCUCGGCGGUGUCGAGGGUAUUUUGGAGCAUACGUUGUUCAAGGGAACUUAUUUUCCAACUUGGGAGGGUCUUUUCUGGGAAAAGGCUUCCGGAUUCGAAGAAUCUAUGAAAUACAAGAAAUUAACAAACGCUCAAAGAUCGGGUUUAAAUCAAAUUCCAAAUCGUCGAUUUACUUUGUGGUGGUCACCGACUAUUAACAGAGCAAACGUAUACGUCGGUUUUCAGGUGCAAUUGGAUUUGACAGGAAUAUUUAUGCACGGUAAAAUUCCAACUUUAAAGAUUUCCCUGAUUCAAAUAUUCCGUGCACAUUUAUGGCAAAAAGUACACGAGUCGAUCGUAAUGGAUCUCUGUCAGGUAUUUGAUCAGGAAUUGGACGCAUUAGAAAUCGAGACUGUUCAAAAGGAAACUAUACAUCCUAGAAAAUCGUAUAAAAUGAACUCUUCUUGUGCCGAUAUUUUGCUUUUCUCCGCUUAUAAAUGGAACGUUUCUAGACCAUCUUUACUCGCAGAUUCAAAAGAUCUUAUGGAUAACACUACUACGCAAAAGUAUUGGAUAGAUGUUCAACUUAGGUGGGGAGAUUACGAUUCUCACGAUAUCGAAAGAUACGCUAGAGCGAAAUUUUUGGAUUACACAACAGACAACAUGUCUAUUUAUCCAUCACCGACAGGAUUACUGAUCGCUAUUGAUUUGGCGUAUAAUUUACAUAGCGCGUAUGGCAACUGGUUUCCAGGAUGCAAACCUCUUAUACAGCAAGCAAUGGCAAAAAUAAUGAAAGCUAAUCCGGCUUUGUACGUACUGCGAGAACGUAUCAGGAAAGCAUUGCAGCUUUACUCUUCGGAACCUACAGAACCAUAUCUGUCCUCGCAAAAUUAUGGAGAACUCUUUUCGAAUCAAAUUAUUUGGUUCGUCGAUGAUACUAACGUUUAUCGUGUCACGAUACACAAAACAUUCGAGGGUAACUUAACCACAAAGCCUAUAAAUGGGGCGAUCUUUAUUUUUAAUCCUCGUACUGGUCAACUAUUCUUGAAGAUUAUUCAUACUUCUGUUUGGGCUGGACAGAAGCGUUUAGGUCAAUUGGCAAAGUGGAAAACCGCCGAGGAGGUAGCUGCACUUAUUCGAUCGUUACCGGUAGAAGAACAACCAAAGCAAAUUAUAGUAACCAGAAAGGGAAUGUUGGAUCCUUUGGAGGUCCAUUUGCUCGAUUUUCCUAAUAUCGUUAUCAAAGGUUCGGAGCUUCAGUUACCGUUCCAGGCUUGCUUGAAGGUCGAAAAGUUUGGCGAUUUAAUUUUGAAAGCAACAGAACCGCAAAUGGUGUUGUUCAAUUUAUACGACGAUUGGUUGAAAACCAUCUCAUCUUAUACGGCAUUCUCACGUUUGAUACUGAUCCUCCGUGCGUUGCACGUUAACACCGAGAGAACAAAAGUUGUGUUAAAACCUGACAAGACAACGAUCACGGAACCCCAUCACAUAUGGCCCUCUUUAACGGAUGACGAAUGGAUUAAAGUCGAAGUACAGUUAAAAGAUCUUAUACUGGCAGAUUAUGGUAAAAAGAAUAAUGUAAACGUUGCAUCAUUGACUCAAUCGGAAAUUCGAGAUAUCAUUUUGGGCAUGGAAAUUAGCGCGCCGUCCGCGCAACGUCAGCAAAUCGCUGAAAUUGAGAAACAAACGAAAGAACAAUCGCAGCUUACAGCAACCACUACAAGGACGGUAAACAAGCACGGAGAUGAAAUUAUUACAGCUACAACCUCCAACUAUGAAACGCAAACGUUCAGUUCGAAAACCGAAUGGCGAGUAAGAGCGAUUUCUGCCACAAAUUUGCAUCUCAGAACGAAUCAUAUAUACGUAUCGUCAGACGAUAUCAAAGAAACCGGUUACACUUAUAUUUUGCCGAAGAACGUACUGAAAAAGUUUGUUACAAUUUCAGAUCUGCGAGCACAGAUCGCGGGAUACUUGUACGGUAUUAGUCCACCUGACAAUCCGCAAGUUAAAGAAAUUCGAUGUAUAGUUAUGGCUCCACAAUGGGGAACUCAUCAAACGGUUCACUUGCCUAACACGCUUCCAAAUCACCAGUAUCUCAAAGAAAUGGAACCUCUUGGUUGGAUACAUACUCAACCGAACGAGUUGCCGCAAUUAUCGCCACAGGAUAUAUCUACUCACGCUAGAAUAAUGGCAGAAAAUCCAAUUUGGGAUGGAGAAAAGACUAUCGUGAUUACUUGCAGUUUUACUCCAGGAUCUUGUUCCCUUACGGCAUAUAAGUUAACACCUAGUGGCUUUGAAUGGGGAAAACAAAAUACUGACAAAGGAAAUAAUCCUAAAGGUUAUUUGCCUAGCCAUUACGAAAAAGUACAAAUGCUGUUGUCCGAUCGUUUCCUCGGUUUCUUCAUGGUUCCGAGUCAAGGAUCGUGGAAUUACAAUUUUAUGGGAGUAAGACACGAUCCGAACAUGAAAUACGAACUACAACUGGCGAAUCCAAAAGAAUUUUAUCACGAGAUUCAUAGACCUGCCCAUUUUUUGAAUUUCUCCAGUUUGGAGGAUGGUGAGGGAGUCGGGGCUGAUCGAGAAGACGUGUUUGCCUAAAGAAGAAAGGUUUGAAAAAGCCAAUCAUUAUCGUGUUUACAAAGAUGCAUAACUUUUUUCAUUCUGUCUUUUUUUCUCUUUUCUUUUUUCUGCUUAUAAGGGAUACGUAGAAAAGAGAGAAAUAGAAGCUUUUUAAACGCGAGUAAUUCAUGUACGUGUAGUUAGGUGAUUUCAUGAUUAUGGAUCUCCAACAUGUUAACAUGUAAACAUGUAAUUAAGAGACGAUGUAGUAUUAUUAUUAUGUCGGACAUUAAUUA